UGUGAUAAUUUUUGACACAUCGAGUAUCGACACAAACAACAUUUCGCAAUUCGCAUUUUCCAAAUAAUAAAUUUAUAAUUUUUUGCAUUUUUAAGUAUUGCUGCGAAAUGAAAGUGUUCCGAAAUAAAACGAAAAGUAAACUGUGGUGAUCUACGAGAGUGACAAGAUGAUCGGUUUAAACGUCGUGCCAUUGAGUGCACUCAGUGGCGAAUCUCGUAAUUUGCUAUCUGAGCGUUUAAAUCCAUUAAAAGUGCUACCUAUUCUUAGCCCCGAUGAGUUAACCAGACACAGAGAUUGGAGAGGCGUAGCAUCUCUAGUACCUAUAACAGCGGAAGCAGCAGCCAAUAUAAAUUCAGUUCAAGACAAAAUGGGUCGAGUCUUGGACAUAUGGCUGAGCAGGAACGAUGGCACAGCUAACGUAAGCCGGCUGCUGGAUAUCUUGCAAGUGCUAGAUAGAUAUGACGUGUGUGAGGAUCUAUUAGAAUUGGCCAGAGACAACAGACUUUUGAGACAAGAGAAUCACAACAACAACAACAACAACCAGGUGGUGUUUGCCAUAGACGGCUCGGACGACAACAUCAUUACGUACGACGACAAGAUGUACUGUUCGCCGCAGCACUACCACGCCUACGUGCUUUACGCCAAGGAAGACAAGAGUUUCGUUGACGAGUUGCUCACCAGAAUGAGGAGUGAGGGGUUCAAGCUCUGUACGGAGGAAGACCUGCUGCCGGGGCACGCGACGCAGUUCGAGCCGGUGUCGCGCCUCAUAGCAGAGCGCUGCCGGUACAUCGUGCUGGUGUACUCGCCCGACUUCCUGCGCAGCCCCGCCAUUGCCUUCUACAUGAACCUCGCGCAGGCCGAUGCCAUCAAUAAGAAACAGAGUAAGAUCAUCCCGCUGAUGUACCGCGAGUGCGCCGAGCAGCUGCCGCGCCACCUCGCCUACUAUCACAACCUGCGCUACCCGCAGAACGGCGUCCGCCCGCCGUACAACUUCUGGGAGCGCCUGUCCCACUCGCUGCGCAUCGUCGACCGGCCCAGGAUGAACAGCGCAACAGAAGCAACACUUUCAAAACUUAAAAUAGUAGAAGAAAUAAACUCGCAAAUAAUUACGACAGACUAUAAAGUACCACAGGUUAAUGGAUACAAAACCAAUUUGGCUCUACCAGAGAUACCUAAAGAGGCGUCCUCGUUAAUAGACCUGCGAUCACAGGAACUAGAACUACCCUCAAUAGAUUCGUUCGAGACGAUAUCUUUGAGCAGUGCGAGUCACAGUAGCGAAGGGAAGAAGAAACAUGGAACCUUCAGGAAGAUUAUAAACACUUUUCGGGGGAAGAAGCACAAGAAAGCGAUUGCACUUGAAGAUUAGUGUAUAUAAAUGUAUGUAUUUUACAGUUGAAUUUGAUAUUUAUCGUCAAUAGGGAUGAUGACAGUUUUUAAAUUGUAUAUAAAUUAAGACCAAAGUAUUUUGUAGCAGUAACAGGGUGUCUGCGAUCAUUGCUAUCGGAGCUACAGGGAUUUAAAGGGUAUAAAACGCUCCAUACUAAAUGGUUCCAAGGAAUGACGUCAUCGCUUAUAUAGAAUUGUAUGGGCGUUCAAACGAAAUUACAAGUAUAUUUGUUAUUUGUUUAUUAUGUAUUAAUAAUUAAUUAAUGUUGACCUUAUUUACCCGAUACAAAUCAGUAUAUUCAAACCUAGUCAUCAUCCCCAUUAAAAAUUAAGAACAUAUUGUUCACCUUUUUUUAUGACAGAUAAAUAAAUACUAAAUCAGAUACUGGUGAGUUACGCUUGCAAUCCAAAAAUGCAUGCAAUGCAAUCCCGUCAUGUGUGUGUAAUUUUACCAACCUUAGCCUUCAGACCUAAACACAACAUAAUGUAGGUGUGCAUUUGUGCAACCUCAGAUCUCAGAAAGGGUCUUUUCUUCAAAUGAAUAUUUAAUUUUUAUAACUCAGAUUCAUAAUUUUCAUCAUCAUAUCAGUCGAUGGACGUCCACUGCAGGGCAUAUGCCUUUUGUAGGGACUUCCAAACGUCACGAUCCUGAGCCGCCUGCGUCCAGCGAAUCUAAACCAAGAAAGGUAAUUUUAGUGUGACUAAAAUUAUCUUAUUUAAUGCGUCUCAAAGUUUAAAAUUGCGUAUACUUUUAUUCGACCUGUUUAAUUGACGAAGCAAGAGGUAAAGUGGAUUUCUAGGUUCAUUUUGCACAUGUUCAAUUUUCAUGUCUUAUAUUUUAGCAAAAAUUUGCAAAAGGAAAUAUCAUGUUUAAAUAGGUACUAAAUAUUUUUGUUGAUAUUUUUUUAUCAACAAAAAUAUUUAGUAUCUUGAAUUAUUAGAUUACUAGAUUUUGGUGAUCACAAAUUGUUAAUGUUGUUCAUUAAAUCAACAAGCUUUUAAGUUUGCUCAAGAUUUUUUGUAACAGUUAAAAAUUUACAAUAUAUUUAUGUAGAAGCUGGUUAUUAAUAUGUUACAGAAAUAUCUAUUAUAUAAAAAAGAGAUUAAUUUUAAGUUUAUUUAAGAUAGUAGAAGUAUGCCAGGCAUCUAGAUAUUAAGAAUUAUUAUUGAGGAAAGUCGAAAAAUGAAAAAAAAAAAUGUUUUAAAGCUACCAAGUAAAAAGUAAAAAGUUUUUUUGUUGAAAUACAAAUCAACAACUAAUUUGUGAUCGAACUGUGACCGAGAUUUUGUAUUACGAUAAAAAUUAAUUAAUAAUUAAUUUUAAGACUAUUGUAGUAUGAUAUUCGAGCGAGACAUCGUGUAUAUGAUGCCCCUCUAAACUGACGAUUAUUAUAUGAGAUGGAAUUUAUUCAUAGUCUUAGAAAUAUGUAAAAUGUGGGCGUAUGCUGUAAUAUUUUUUGUCAAAAGGUGUGUUGAAAGUUUUGUGUCUUCCUGUCCUGCCCCUGUAGCCAUGUGGCACGGCGAUUCUCUUUCUACAAUCGCAAACGCUCGAAAACUAAAAAAUGUAUGGGAAUGACAGAUCUUGAUCACGUGACCAGUCGAUAGCAAAUGUCAUUCCCAUUCAUUUUUCUAAUUUUCGAAGCGUUUGUGAUCGUAGAAAGAGAAUCGACGUGCUUGGCUACAGGAGCUGUUUUUAAUGUUGUUUAUACACACUCACCAAUGGCAAUUAAAAUAAGUGUAGUAGGUAGUACUUGUAUAUUAAUUACUGAAUCGUACAUGCAUACAUUAUAUUGUAAUUUUCAAUGAACUAAUUUGCAACUCAAAUAAAUAUUUGCUACUGUGUAAAAAUAUAAUACAGCAUAACCCCGCUUGAUUAAGGCAAGCGCACAUGUGUUUGGUAUGCUUAACGAAUUGCAUCACAAAAUAUUGUAGGUAUUACUUUUACCACACCUUUGUAAAUGUGCAACAAAAAUCAUUUAUAUUGAUAAAAUUGUUGAUAUUAAAAAAAACAUGUAUGUAUAUUAGAAGAUAUUAACAAGAUGCCUAUUUAAAUCAAAAUAAAAAUUAAAGGAGAUGGUCCAAAAUUGUAUGGAGCCCAGGAUCAGUCAUUGUACCCUAACGGAAAUAAAAGAAGAUAUUUUUUGUUUUGAUUAUACAAAUCUACGAAUUUAAUUCUUUCGAAAUAAUACUUAUUAUCUCCCAAGAAAUGCAACAAUAGUAAGAGUGAUAAUGGCAGAUAGAUGACGUUUUUAACGCAGUAAUCGAUUUGACGUUUGCUGUCAGUUGUCAUGUCAUAAUUGCUCUAUGUGCGCCAUCUUGAUAUAACUCAAAAUCUUGGGUUUUUAUUUCUUUUUAUUUAGUUAGAUUUAUUCACUUUAAAAACUUUUAAUAAAAUCCUUGUAUUUUUUAAAUUUUAAUCCUGAAAUGGACCAUCUCCUUUCACAGAGAGUCCAUUAGUAGUAAAAUAAAUCCGAUUCACGUCGUAUAUUCUCCUGUAAUUAUAUACGCUUAUAAUUUUGGAAAUUAUUGGAUACACUAGUACGACAUACUGACUUUUACUGUGUGCGCUGUUGCAUAACUAGCUUAGGAUUAAAACAACUGCUACUCAUAAUGGUAUUAUAACUACAAACUGUACAGAUACAACUCAGAACAAAAUCAAAUAUAUAUCGGCACCUUUUAUAAUGUAAGUAAUGUAAGUACCACAGAAUAGAGAAUGAGACAGAAUGAGUCUUUACAAGCUGCACAGUGAAGAUGGUGAAAAAACACGCCACGCGUGCAUCUCCUUGAAAUUCUCAUAAAUCCUACUAUUAUACAAACUCUUUUCAUAAUUUGUGUUUCACAAACAAUAAUUACGUAAAUUAAUAUCAGAGCAGAAUAAUAAUCAAUAACAACCUAUAAAAAAAUACUCCAUAUUACAUUUUUAGUAUUUGUGAACAGUUUUUAAACUAUUCAGAAACAUAAAAGGCGCUAUUUUUCUUGAAUAAUAUUGAAUAAUAAUGGUGCGACGCUUUGUGUCGUACUGAUACCAAAAUGUAAUAAUUUUUGAAUUUGUAUUUGGAACGGCUGCAUCACUGCCGUGUUCCGUGCACUCUAUCUAUUAUUCUUUAAUCUGUGGUAAGUAGUAUAAAUUCAUGGUUUUGCCAAAUAGAAUUUUCCAUUAACGUUCAAUUCAUUUGGCGAUUUGACAGUUGUAACGUUAAACAAUAUUCAAUAAUAUUUUCUCAAAAUAUAUUAGAUGUUUUUUAUCUAUGGCUUACGUGACAUGUGACACGUGAAUUUCAAAUUAAUUAAUUCAUUUAUUUCUAUUAGAAAAUAAGAUAGUAUAGACCUCAUUCGCACGAGAGCUUUUUUAACGAACGUUAAAAAAACUCGUGCGAAUGAGGUCUAAGAGAUAUGAAAUUAAAAUUCAUAUUUUUCUGAAACUGUCGAAUAGCCAAAUGGAUGAAAUAUUUUUUUCCCCUCCAUGAAUGACCUAAUGAAUAUUUGACCUAAGAAAACUAGUUUUUUAGAAUUUUUUAAUUGAAUUUAAUUAAUAUAAAAAUGUGUAGAAUAUUAUGUGUAGUUUAUCAAAUUUUAACAUGUAACAAGGUUACCUAUAGAUUUGUUUUCAAAUCUAAAAAUGCUAUACAAUGAAUUUAUUAGAGGUGCUUCCAAAUAUAAAAUUUUACUGUAAACAAGUCCCCUUAAUACGAGAUGGAACACAUCGAAAUGAUCUAUGGUUUGUAAUUAUUAUUAUCGAAAUGUGAUAUUAGAGUAAUCCACACUUAGUUUUUUGAAAUUCGAAGUCAUGUACAUUGAAAUUGUUUAUAUUAAAAAGGCAUGCCUAGACUAUACACUAGGGCACACUAGGGCAGUACAGCUUUUAAAAAAUUAAAGGGUUUAUCAUAUUUUAAUUAUUUAACUUAUUCCUAGGUAUUUAAAAAAAAACACCUAGGGGCAGCACCGGGGUAAGGUACCAAUCGACAUAAUAUGUCCGUCAAAUUAUAGUAAGCAACACUUUUAUCGUAACAAUUUUAGUAAAAGUAACAUUCGGUUUUUGUCGGUUACGGUAAUCCAACGGUUAACAGUCGAUUGGUUUUGAAUUCUCUAUUGAUAACAACUUCAAAUGUAUAUAUGUAAUAGAAUUUACGGAAGAUAAUGUACUAUGAUGAUUUUAAUAGAAAAUUCAACACAUUUGUAACCCUACCAGCGACGUGUGGUAUCUCGUAUUAUGGAAUAUUUUGUUAAUUUUUAUUCUAUUGAUGUUAAAUUUAUAAAACCUUAAAAAAUGAAAUUACUAUGUUAUAUAUUUUAAUAAAUACUUUUUAAAAUUA